CAUACGGCGACUGAACAGUGGAAUACGAUUCGACAUAAGUUCGAUACAAAUUCAAAUGUUGUCUUCUUUUAUAUUGUAGUUUCAUAGUGAAUAUAUAAUCAGUAGAUCGAUUAAAGUAUAAGCAAAAAUCUAAAAUUUUGAUCAUAAAAGCAAACAUAUUAGUCGCAGUAGUAAGUCUGUGCAAUAAUACAUCCAUCUUUAGGCUAACUAAAUCUUAUCUGCAUCUGCACUGCGUUUUCCUGUUGCGGUUGACCAGCUUGACUGAAUGUAAAUAAAAUCCAACCGGCACAGCAGAGCAUUAUUGAACAAAAUCAAGAAGUGAUUUAACGUUGCAUUAAUUACCUUCCUGAAAUAGAUCUUUCACGUUUUCUCCAAUACGAUGGGUAGCACGAGCAAUCCGAAUCAGGACUUGUGUGACAUUUUGAUGGAAUUGGCAGAUUACGAGCGCAACGUUAGCAAAGAUGAGCGCAAGUACUAUACGUACCGUAUGGCAGCAGAAACAUUAGGCACUUUGUCAGAGAAAGUCAAGAGCGGAGAGGAAGCAAAGAAGUUACCUAACAUUGGAGUGAAAAUUGCAACGAUGAUAGACGAAUUUCUUCAGACGGGAAAAUUGCAGAAACUGGAAGACUUCAAGAAGGAUGAGAACAAUGUUUCUAUUACUUUACUGGCUCGGGUGUCUGGCAUAGGUUCUACUAAAGCAAAAGAAUUGGUGGAUGCUGGCAUCAAAACGUUAGAAGAUCUCAGAAAGCAUCAGGACAAGCUGACGCAUUGUCAGAAGCUGGGUUUGAAGUACUUUGAUGAUUUCGAGAAAAAAAUACCUAGAGCUGAGAUUAUACAGAUAGAGAAAAUACUAAAGAGUGCUAUUAAAGAAUUGAACAGCGAUUACGUUGUAACUAUUUGCGGAAGCUACAGACGCGGCAAGGAAGAGAGUAGAAACAUCAAUGUGCUCAUAACACAUCCCGAGUACACGUCGAAGGAUGCAGAGAAGAAAACCGUGUCAUUAAAAGCGAUCGUCGAAUGUCUCGAGAAGAAGCGAUUAAUUACAGACACGAUUUCUCUUGGAUCCACUAAAUUUAUGGGAGUGUGUCGGUUAGUCGAGGAGAAGGGUAAACCUUUCAGAAAACUGAACAUACAAUUCACAUUGUACGAUCAGUAUUAUUGCGCCAUGCUUGCCUUAACGGGAAGUGCUUUGUUCAACAUGAAUAUAAGAGCACGUGCGAGAAAGAAGAAAUACACUCUGAAUGACUAUGAGCUGAAACGUCAUACAACUGAAGGUCAUCCAGGCGAAACUGUGAAGAUUACAUGCGAAGAAGAUAUUUUUAAAAUUCUAGAUUUGCCCUACAAAGAUCCAAAGGAUAGAAAUAUGUAAAUGGUACAAAAAAAGCGCCAAGUAUACGCGCCUGAAGUUCUUUCAAAAAAGGACUCUACAAAAC